GACCCGGCUGCUCUGACGUUGGUCGGAAUCUAGCGGCUGCCGCCCGCUGCUGCUGCUGAGUAAGAGGCGUUAAAUCGGCCCGGAAGCCGAGACGAAGCCAGCGGGUCGGGUCGGUCUCGGAACCGGGAUUGAGACCAGCGCAGGCUCGUCCCAGGCAACCCAUUGAGUCUCACUAUGGGAGUUGUGGUAGUUGAUGAUGCUCCAUCUGGUGUCAAAGCCCCUGACGGGGGUUGGGGCUGGGCCGUUCUCUUUGGAGGCUUUGUCAUCACUGGAUUUUCCUAUGCCUUUCCAAAGGCCGUUAGUGUCUUCUUUAAAGAGCUUAUCCGGGAGUUUGGUGUUGGAUACAGUGACACAGCAUGGAUCUCCUCCAUUCUACUGGCUAUGCUUUAUGGAACAGGUCCCCUGUGUAGCGUGUGUGUCAAUUGGUUUGGCUGUCGUCCAGUCAUGCUGGUUGGAGGGCUCUUUGCUUCGCUUGGGAUGGUGACCGCUUCUUUCUGUACCAACAUCAUUCAGCUCUAUCUCACUGCAGGUGUCAUUACAGGUUUGGGUCUGGCACUCAACUUCCAGCCAUCGCUCAUCAUGUUAAAUCGCUACUUUGACAAACGACGCCCUUUAGCUAAUGGGCUUGCUGCUGCUGGAAGUCCUGUGUUUCUUUGUACCCUCUCUCCUCUGGGGCAAAUACUGCAACAUGAGUAUGGCUGGCGAGGGGGAUUCCUUAUACUGGGCGGAAUGCUGCUCAAUUGCUGUGUUUGUGGGGCAUUAAUGAGGCCUUUGGAGCCUCCUAAGAAAUCUGAAGCUGCUAAAGAACUUACUGAGAAGAAAACCAAGAAAAAGCUUCUGGAUUUCAGUGUCUUUAAAGAUGGUGGUUUUUUAAUCUACACUCUGGCUGCCUCCAUCAUGGUGCUGGGCCUCUUUGUGCCUCCAGUCUUUGUGGUGAGCUAUGCCAAGGAUUUGGGAUAUCCAGACACCAAAUCAGCUUUUCUUCUGAGCAUUCUUGGAUUCGUUGAUAUCUUUGCCCGGCCUAUUUGUGGAGUGGUAGCUGGUCUGAAAUGGGUCAGACCACGCUGUGUCUAUCUCUUUAGUUUUGCUAUGAUUUUUAAUGGUUUUACAGAUCUCCUGGGUUCCAUGUCUAACAAUUAUGGUGGCUUGGCAGUCUUCUGCAUUUUCUUUGGCAUUUCCUAUGGAAUGGUAGGCGCUCUUCAGUUUGAAGUUCUCAUGGCUAUUGUUGGUACUCAGAAGUUUUCCAGUGCCAUUGGCUUGGUGCUUCUGGCUGAAGCUGUAGCUGUUCUAAUUGGUCCACCAUCAGCAGGCAAACUCUUGGAUGCAACAGGCAGGUAUAUGUUUGUUUUUAUUAUUGCUGGAGUUGAAGUUGUUACUUCAGCCCUUGUGCUGGCUUUAGGAAACUUCUUCUGUGUUAAGAAAAAAUCAGAAGAGCCACAAACAAAAGAGGAGGCAGCAGAAAGAGAAGAGUUAAACAAAUCCGAAGACAAAACACCUGAAGAUGCCAAGGUGGACUCUAUUGAAGUAGAACAAUUUCUGAAAGAUGAACCUGAAAAAAAUGGGGAAGUUGUAACUAACCCAGAAACGUGUGUGUGAGUGACACAGGAUGAGUGGCAAAGCAUUUAGGGAAGAGUGAAAGAAUUUCAACACUAUUUAUUUUAGAAACUGAACUAGUUUAGGGCUGGGCCAUCUGCUUGACCAACUGGGGGCCAAUCAGCUAAUCAAAUCACUGUUUGGAAGCUUUGUUAGGAAUUCUUUUCACCUAAAACUGGAUUUAUCAGUGAGAUGUGGAGCUCUGCUUGUAUAACAUUUUAAGUAAACUAAGCAGCCUUUGUAACCACAUGUAGAAAUCCUGCUAUGCAUCACCAGAAAAUUCUCACUUGGAAGGAAAUAUAUUUUGUAUUAGAGAGGAAUUAUAUGAACAUUUUCAUUCAGUGGGGUGAAAUUAAUUGUGUUUUUGUGGUGCAAUUAAAUGUAACUUCCCUUUCUGUGUUCUUUCUCAAGGAGAAAGAAUGUGAUAUGGGGCGGGGUGGGGGGGGGGGAAUUCUCAGGAACUUAUUGGUCUCCAGUAGGUUUUUGAAACAUCUUACUUUUACUGUUUUUUAGAUUUUUUUUUUUCCUUUGGCUCAGCCCUAAUCUAAGUUGGAUAAUAAGAAUAAUAUCUAUUACAUUUACUUAAAACAAAGUAUUUCUGAAUUUUAGCUAAACUCAAUUUUAUUAAUUGGGAUUUUUAUUAUAAAUACUGUACACUGAAAGGCACUCAGAGACCCUGUUCUUAACAAAUCACAUAACUGCUAUUCCUAAAUAGCACCUAAAGAAAAUGAAACAAGCAGUAUUAAUCCUUACAUAGGCUGUAAAGAAAACAAGGUAAGCCUAUGUGCACUGCUGUAACUAUUGUGCUGACACAUGCAGGCAUCUGCUUCUGAAAUUGGUUGAAAAGUCUGACAACUUUAGCAGCUGUUACGUCCUGUGCUAUUAGAUGUCAGCAUGAGAUUGACUCCUCACUUUUGUACAGCAAUAUGCUGACUUUACUAGUAUUUAGGGUAUGUGAAGAAGCAGAGCACUAAAAAUUAAUUAAGAGUAACUCCCUGAGUUACUCUUUUCAUUCUGUAAUGCUGUUAGGGGAAAAAUCUAUCUGAUAUCAUCCCUGUAUAUAGUCUCACUGACUUUAAUAGAACUAAUUGAAUAAGUAAGGUGAGCAGGAUUUGGCCCUAUGCCUGAAUUACACCCCUUUUUGACCUGAUUGGUUCAAUUAAAAAUUUGGAGUCUAGCAGGUUAUUUCAAUUCAGAGCCAAAAUUGGUGAUGGAGUCAGGUGGUUCACUUGAUGCAAUCUUUUAUUUACAAAGAAUGUACAAAGUCCUGUUUCCUUAAAUGAAGCAGGACUCAAACAAUAAGAGACAAUGUCCCUGCUUACAAGUCUAAGCCACAUUUCCAAUCACUUAGCCCAAAAGCGCUCUCUCUCUCUGGCCUGGUCUACUCUUAAAAUUUAGGUCGACAUGGCUAUGUCACUUUGGGAGGUGGGAAGAUAUCCACUUCCCUGAGCAACAUAGUUAUGCCAGCCUAACCUCCUACUAUAGAAGCAUCUAGGUUGACAAAACAGUUCUUCUGUCAGUCUAGCUAUGGUUGCUCAGGGAGGUGGUGCUCCUAUAGUGGAGAGAGGGGGACUUUUUGUCACUGUAGCUAUGCUAUAGGGUUAUGCCAGCAUGGCUGGCGCACCAUAGCUAUGUUGAUAUAGUUACUACAGUGUAAACUUGGCCUUAGCUUUUCUGAAUACCACACUCCCAGAGCUUGUUCUGUCUCUGUCCUUGGCUUUUUUGCCCUGGGACCUGCUGUUUGGUGUGUGCUCCUCUUGCGCCUAAAAACACCCCAAAUAGACACACACACACACAGUCCCACCAAUCAAUGCCCUAGACCCUGCAUUUGCUAUAAAAGUCCCAGGAAACUCCUCAGACCACAUGGCAUAGCUUCCUCUUAGCUAUUCUUACCAUACAGGUCAGUGUUUUGGACAGUGGCCUCUAGUGUUUCAGCUGUUAUUAAACAAAGAAGCAACGUUCUGUGUUGGUCAUAGAAGUAAUGGAAUCUGUGAUUUUUCCAUGACCCCUGUGACUUCUGCAGUGGCCAGUGUGGCUCGCCCUAGGGCUGCUCAAGCAGUUAGCUCCAGGGUCUGCUGCUCAGGUAGCCCUGGAGACAGCCACACCAGCCACUGCUGAAACAGCUCCACAACCAGGCACUCAGGUGGUCCUAGGGCCAGCCACUGCUUGGACUGCCCCGGGCAGCUGGCCCUGGGGACCACCUGAGCAGCAGCCAGUGCAGCUGGCCCUGGGGACCAUGUGAGCAGUGAAGCAGCCACUGUCAGAACACUGAGCAACAGCCCCCUGAGACACCUCCCCACAGCGGGUCCUCCCCCUGGGUCCCCGUCUCCACCCCCCCCCCAGCAGCAGCAGCCGC